GAGAACCUGGGCCCUUCACCGGCAGCAUCGAACGAUGUCUGGCCUCGAUGUUUGCUCCAUCGCGGCAUCCCGGACCCACUGCACCACUGGGACAGUGCCUGCGAGGAGCAGGUCUGGAGAGCAAAUGCACUCCCUUCAUGGUUCCCAUGAUGGGCAGCGUGCCAUCCUACGCCUUGCAUGGCCAGGUGGCAGUGGUCACCGGUGGAUCCCGUGGCCUUGGCAAAGGCAUUGCCUUGGAAUUGGCUGCGGCAGGUUGCAUCGUUUAUAUCACUGGUCGAUCAACGUCCUUUCGACAGACAGAGGUCCUGCUUUCGGGAUCUGUAGAUGAGACAGCGGCACAAGCCACGCGGCGCGGGGGCGCAGGCGUCCCGGCCUAUGUGGAUCACACCUUAGACGUUGAUGUGCGGAAGCUGGUGAAAAUCUUAGAGGAGACCCAUGGCCGAGUGGAUUUGCUGGUGAACAAUGCCUUCUUCAUGCCAAAGCCAGAUACGCUCUUUUUUGCGACUCCUGUUUGGAAGCAACCAUGCAGGCUCUUCGAUGAGCAGUUCUGUAUUGGAGCACGGAAUCACGUGGUGCUGACACUGUCAUGCCGCCAUUUGCUGAGUCGGGCUCGCGGUACCGUCAUCAGUGUUUCAGGUUGCCUUGCCGAAGCGGGCGAAGCUCAGCGAAUUCUUCGGGCUUCAUGGGUUUUUCAUCUCCCUCGGGUUCAGCUCGGAUGCCUGGAAGACACGCUCAGAACAACAGCUUCCAACCGGUAUCUUCGGACCACUCAUCCUCGAAGGCAACGCACUGUUAAGAACUUGGGUGUGUCACGGUCUUCCGUGACUCCUGAGGUCAGCUCGGCCGGCUCACAGGGCAACACCGAUGUUUUUCCAGUCUCCUAUCACGCGAACAAGGCCUGCUACGACCGGAUGAUGCUGGCCCUUAGCACAAAAUUCCCGGACGUGCCUAUGCUGACCCUUUGGCCAGGCUCCGUGGCCACCGAGCGUAUGGUCGUGGGCAAGCGGCGGUUUCAAGGUUGGUUGCAAGAUGCCGAGACGCCCAGCUUCACGGGUCGCGCCGUGCUGCUUUUGUCCAAGCUGAGCUUUGAAGCCAAGCUACGACUCAGUGGCCGGACGGUCACUUCCGCCGAGGUCUUGUACAUGGCUGGUGGAUAUGACGUGGAUGGCUACCGACAUGAUCUGCCGCGUGAAACGAUGUUUGCCACCGCACAGAGCUUCCUGCAGGCACCUGCAAAGACUCGCGUGACCGUAUGAGACACGGUCUAUGGAUGUCUAUGGCGGAAGCCGACGUUUUGCUCGCGGUCCUCAUUGUCCCCAGGACGGUGCCAACCUAUUUGUAGCUUAUCAGCCAUGGAGCACACACCAGAUGGCCCACCUCCUGCUCCCAGCACCUCCUGAAGUGUUCAAGAAAUCCAUCCAAAAAGCUGGUGACACCUUUGACGACUGCUGGACAC